AUGAGCCUGGCCCCCACGGAGUCUGCCCUACGAGAGUGCUGUUCAUGCCGCAGCUUUGCAGAGGCGGUGGCGGGGCAGGGGCCCUAUGGCAGCGUGGAUGAGCUGAUUGCCGCAGCCCGCACGACGCCCGUGGCGGGCUGGCUGGAGGCCUUCGCUGCCCACCCCAAGAUCGGGGACAUGGAGGGCCUGCGCAAGAAGUACGGCGCCUUUGGCGACAUGAGCAAGGGGGAGCAGGCGGCGGCGGCGGGGGCCUCGGAUGCGGCGCUGCAGGCGCUGGCGGAGUGGAAUGGGCGGUACGAGGCCAAGUUCGGCCACAUCUUCAUCAUCUGCGCCACCGGGAAGAGCGCCGAGGAGAUGCUGGCAGCCAUCCAGCAGCGGGGUGGUGGUUAA